ACAGGACGAGCAUGGAGCACUUCUCUUCUCUUCUUCGGGAGUAGCGCGUCUGAAACCAGGAGCAUUUCGUGUCAUCCGAAGCGACCGGAGGGCUUCACGUAUGAGUUGUAUCUUACUAAAGAGCGGAUUAUGACACAAGAAAGAAGAAGUCGGGAGACGUGUCAAGGAAAAGCAAACAUUCGUGGCGCUGAUCAAGCCGUCAACGUCGGUUCACAGGUAGUGUGUGGCUAACGGCAGCAGCAGCAGCAGCAGCUUGUGGUCCAUUGCAUCACGUUUUCCAGCGCAGUGGGCAGAGAGCUAACGAGGCUAGCUCCGUGAAAUCACAUAUCCUGGGGAAAUCACAUAAAGGAUUAACAGAAGAACUGGACUCAUCGCUUCCGAAGAUCAACUUGAACAAUGCAUGACCUGACUGCCCAAGUCACCAGCAGCCUGCUGCCUUUCCCUGGAGUGACUGUAGACGCUCUCGGGGAGGAUGACAUCGCUCUAGACUCUGUUCUUCAAGGGAACUUCACUGUUGGUCGCAGCGGCCUGGCCUGGCUAGUCUGUGGCCCCCAUCUGGAGGUUGUCCAUGCAGUGACAGGAGAACGGCUGUCGGCAUACUGCUUCAGUGGUGGAGGGGAGAACCCACCCACCGUCCUUGCUGCCAGGGACUUCAGCUGGCUCAAACGGUCUGGCCUGCUGGUUGGCUUGGAGGAAGCAGAAGGGAAUUUGUUGUGUCUCUAUGAUUUGGGACUGUCGAGGGUGGUCAAAGCUGUGGUCAUACCAGGCAGGAUUACAGCCAUUGAGCCGUUAGUGAGUUAUGGUGGAGCAAGCACUUCGACACAGCACCUCCACCAGAGUUUGCGCUGGUUCUUUGGCAUCGCUGCUGUAGUGACGGAUCUCGGUCAUGUUCUGCUGGUGGACCUCUGUCUCGAUGACCUGUCCUGCAGCCAGAGUGAACUGGAGGCUUCAGCCCUGCAGGUAGUGACCAAAUCUCCUGCGGAGAUCCCCAGGCUUAGAGAAGUCAGCACCAGGCAGGGCAGACAUCUUUGUCUCCAGCUGAAUGGGCCCAGUGGAGUUGGGGCCACAGCUCUGCAGUACAUCUCCAGGACCAACCAGCUGGCAGUUGGAUUUUCUAAUGGAUACUUACAGCUGUGGAACAUGAAGACACUUAAGAAAGAAUAUAACUCCCAGUUAGAAGGUGGCGGUGUGGCUGUGUAUGCCUUCACCUUCCAGGAGCCAGAGAAUGACCCCAGGAACUGCUGCUACCUCUGGGCGGUCCAGUCAUCUCAGGACCUCGAGGGGGAUACUGUCAGCCUCCGCCUGCUUCAGCUGGCCUUCAGUGAACGGAAGUGUCUGUCUUCUGGGAAGAUCCUCUAUGAGGGUCUUGAGUACUGUGAGGAACGUUACAGUCAGGAGUUAAGUGGCACAGCUUUCCCUCUCAGGGCUCAGACCACAAAUACCCGCCUGCUGAGUUGCCAGACCAUUGAGAAAUUCAGACCCCACCCUGAUCGGGAUGACAGCAUGAACGAAGUUGCAUCUCCAGACACCAGUGUUUCUAUCUUCAGCUGGCAAGUCAAGGCCUACGGUCAGGGAACUCAAUCUACGUACAUCGGGGUAUUUGACAUCAAUCGUUGGUACCACGCACAAAUGCCGGACUCUUUAAGAAUUGGGGAGUCUCUGCAGAAUUGUCCCUACCUGGCAGUUUGGUCUCUGGACCCAGUGGUGAAGAUGGUGUCUCCACACAGUCUCCUGGAUGUGGUGGUACAUGACCGGAGCUUAAGCAGGGGUCUGCCCUUCACCUGUCCCCCACCAGAACAGUACUUUAACCCCACUACAUACAACUUUGAUGCUACCUGCUUGCUAAACUCUGGAAUCGUGCACUUAACCUGCUCUGGGUAUCAGAAAGAGACUCUGAGCUUCUUGAAAAAAGCUGCUCCUUGUUCCAGUGAUGUCAUCUCCACUAGCUACUCUCGCUGCCUCAUGUCUGGCCUACUCUCAUCUCGCCUCUCUGACACUCAGGCUGCCAGUCUCUCUCAGGAGGAACAGCUGGAUGCCAUCUUGUCCACAGCAGUGGAGACCAGCUCCCUGGGACUGAUCACUGGCUGUAUAAAGCAGUGGACUGCAGAAGAACAACCAGGCUCUGCACUGAACCUGCGCUACAUCCUGGAUUGGGCCUGGAACAAAGUGGUCCAGACCAAGAAGGAACUGGAUGGCAUCUGUGCACCGCUGUUUGACAGCUCCUCCAAUUUUACAGACCCUCAGACCUUACAGCUGCUGCAGCACAGCCAGAGACUGCUGGGUAACCUCAGCACCAUCUUCCACUGUCUGCUCAGCGAAGCUCAGGAGCUCACACAAAAAGGUCUGGUGGGGCUGAUAAACAAGAACAUGGUGUCCAGUCUGAUUUCCAAGUACGCUCAGGUGGUCCUCUGGUUUUGUCGUACUGGCUUACUGCCCGAGGGAUCAGAUGAUGAUGCUCUCCAGAUCUCCAGGCCUUUCUACACCCACUCAGUCAUCAGCAACUAUUAUACUAUACGCAGAGAGGAGCUCACCAGACUCGCUAAGGGAAAGUGGUGUGCAGACUGCCUGAUGAUUGACGGUUUGAUCCGUCAGUGUGGUGAACGCUUGACCAACCUGUGGAAAAGGGAUGAGGGUGGGACAGGGCAGUAUCCACCACCUACACUACAUGCCUUGUUGGACAUUUAUCUGCUGGAAAACAUUGAUGAAACUGCCAAACAUGCAAUCGUGAUUUACCUGUUGCUGGAUGUCAUGCACUCCUUCCCCGACAAGGAUGGAGCAUCAGUGCACUCUUUUCCCUCAGCUUUUGCCAUCCCUGUUGGGCUGGUGAAACUAGUACAGGGCCUCUGGUUGCUGGACCAUCACGGCCAUCAGAGUUCAUUUGAGCUGCUCCUGCAUCCAGCUGCCUCUCAGUGUCAGUUUGAGUGGCAACACGAGCGCGUCCUGAACGCUCUCAUGUGCCAGGGCCAGCAUUCAAUUGCUCUGCGAUAUUUCCACAUCACAAAGCUCCCGAUUUCCUCCACCUCCCAGGCCAAACUCUGCCUGUCUGUACUGCUACACAACAGGUGUCUCAUAGAGGCGUGGUCCUUAGUUCGGCAGCACUCUAACCGACUCAAUAUGGCUGAGCUGAUGGGCUUCCUGUACGAGAGCUGCCAGGAGCUUGGCCUCAUCAAGGAGCUUCUCAAACUGCCCCUGAGUCUAAGUGAACAGGAGUGUUUGGAGAAGUUUCUCCAGGGCACAGGAGGUCUCCAAAACAGAGAAUUACUGAUGGUUCAUUACCUUCAACAGGCCAACUACAUACCUGCUCUGCAGCUCAACCACAGCCUUAAAAUGGAUCUGAUGAAUGAGCGAGACCCAAAGCUUAAAGAACGAUUCAACACCAGAAACUCUAUAUUGGAUCAGUAUGGGAAAGUUUUGCCCAGAGUCCAGAGGAAACUGGCAAUGGAGAGAGCCAAGCCCUACCAGCACCCGUACACCAUUCACAGAGAGGUUUCUCGGCCGCAGCCACUGUCGACUAUCACCAAGCGCUCUGCCAGUGAGAAAGUGAUGUCCAGGGCUGGAUUUAUCAACAACGUCCUGACCAAGAUUGAGGAGGUGUGGUUAGGCAAAGGUGCAACACCACAGUCCUCCCCAUCAAACAACUUCAGGGCAGCAGAUAUUCGGAGCCCAAGCCCCAGGCCCUCGUCUUCAGCCUUUCCUGAUCCCUUCCUCGGAACUCCCCUCACCAUGACCAACAAAAGAAAGUCAAGGCUGAUGGACUUGGUGGUUCAACCCACCUGUCAGAGCCCUCAGCCACUUUUCAGCCCCCCCAGACCACCCAGCUCCUGGGUUUCUCCAAAGAGCAUCAGCAAAGCGCCUGAACUGAGUCUACUGCAAACACCACAGGUCGUUAAACGAGCUCGGGCCUUGGCUGCCUCUGGCCCUGUGUUCUCAGCCUUCACCCCACAGUCCAUCCUCCGCAGCAGCCUGAGGCCCACACCUGUUGCCACCCCUUCUGCUUCUCCAGGGCGCUCCAUCACCCCUCCGCUCCGCAGCAAAGAGAGCCGCAUCACUUUCAUCGAAGAGUCAGAAUCUCCUGAACAAGAGAAGAGCAUGAGAUGGACCAAUGGGAUUACUGCAGACCGUGAGAUCAGCUUGCUGACCAGAGGCCCCAUAAUGUCCAAGGCUACAGCUAAAAGCUGGUCUUCACAGCCUGCUGAUGAGGAAGAGGAUGGAGAUAAGGAAAAGGAACAACCUCAUGUGAAGUUCUUGCCUCCUGAAGGCGGUGUCCCCUCACUUCAACUGAGAGGCUCUGAGAGUGAGUCAUCCUCCAUCCAUGAAGCUGUAGAAACCAAACCAUCAGUUGCGCCACAAGCUCAAAUCAGCCUGAGCUUUGACACUAGUCAAACAUCUGUCCAGUCAACAGACACCACCCUCGAGUUCUAUGAUGCACCUUUACCCCAAGAACAGGAAAUAGAGGAGAAGCACUUAGGCACAGAGGAAGAUGAAGAGGUAGUGACACUGAACAUCAAAGCUUCAACUGGAAAUGAGGAAACAGUGGAAACACACUCACUAGCCACUGAGCAAACCCCUGUUCAGACACCAGAGAAUAUAGAGAAGGAAGAAGAGGAAGCGCAGGAAGAUGAAGAAGCUAUCGAGAUUGGUGUUGAAGAGGAGGUGAAAAAUGAGGAAGAUGUUCAGUCGGAAAAGGAAGACGAACAAGAUGUUGAGUCAUGUAGUAAAGAAGAUGCUGCAACUGUUGACCACGAGGAGGCACAGAGUCAAGUGUGUAACCAGGUAACCGAGAUCACAGAUUCUGGGACGGAGAUCGAAUCUCAGGAUCAACCAGCGAACGCCCCCGAACAGGACGUCCAGUCAAAUGUCACUGAAUCCAUAGAGUUCACCCAGCAUGUGAAACCAUUAGAAGAAACAAAUGAGCCUGAGGAGGAUCUGGAACAAUCAACAGAUCUGACUGAGUUUGUGCAGCAGCAUUUGUUUGGCAGCGACCUGUCUCCUCCACUCACCCGCUCAGGAAUUCACAAUGCAUCACAGAUGCAGAUGUCAUUUGACAGAGAGUCACUAGGUGAGGUUGAAGAGGACGAGCAGGCAGCUGUCGAACCUCCCCUAGUUUUCACCAGCCAGAAAUCCGACGCCUCCGUGACUUCCUCCGAGCCGACAGGCACAGACUCCCACUCUGUUGUGAGUGUAAACGAUAGUGAAGAACUCUCUAGCCCUGCAUCUGAGGAGGAGGAAGAAGACGAUGAAGAAGAGGAAUCUGAUCAAGCUGAUGAAGAGGAGGAGGACUCUGGUAGUGAAGUUGAGAUCAUUGAGGAGGUGCAGGGCAAUGGGAGGCUGCCACCCCUCCAAGCCAGUUCACUGUUUGUACAACCAGGACACACACACUUCCUGCCGAGCCUUUUAGAGCAGGAGGCUGCGGAGUUCUCCCUGAUCACACCCGGAGCAGAGAUGAAGAUUGUAGAGGCAGACAUGGAGGGUGAUGUGGUCAUGGUGAGACUUGGGGACAACGAAGGAGAGAUGGAGGCAGAGGAGGACGAAGAGCAAGGCUCGUCAUACAUGGAGCUCAAACCUUCCACCACUCUUCUGGUUCCUCUGGAGCUUGUGGAGGAUCAACACGGCCUGGUCGAUAGUGCUCAGCUGGAUCUUCCAGAGAUCCAGCAAAUGGUCGUGCCAGACAACCCAAGGACUGAAACUCACUGUGACUUCUCUCUGAUGCUGGAUAUGGAUGAGGAUGGGAAUAAAGAGGCAGACAUGCUGCAUAUUGAGAAUGAUCUGCAUCCCUCCCAUCUCUCCACCCAGCCUCCAGUAGAGGAGGCUAGUGAGGAGCUUGUGGUCAAACCUGAGGUUAUUCUUUUGGGCACAGAUGACCAGGAUAUGCCCCUGUCUGAGACAGUCUCACUAGAUGACCAGAGGUUAGAGAUGGACAUCCUGGAUGCAAAUGAGGUUGAUGGACUGACAGAAUCAGAACCUGUAGAAUUCCAAACUGACCAAAAAGGUGAAAACGCUGACACAACUCAGGAGACAGAAGAUCAAAAUGUGCGGGAGGAUUCUGAGUGUGUCAUUCUGGCUGAAGAUCUUGAACCUGCAGCUCUACCUGCACCAACUCCAGUGGGAGAACUCCCAGCAGUUGUUGACGACAAUGAGUCUGAGGCAGAAAAAGAUGCUGCUGAUGAGAAGCAGGAGGAGGAGGUGGAUCAUAUACCAGCACCUGAGGACCAAGAAGAACCUGAAGAGAAUGGGCCUGUUGAUAUGGAUGCAGAGAUUGUACCCAGUACAGAUAUGGUGCCUGCUGUGGAGGAGCAUCUGCAGGACAGCAGAGUCAAGGAAACAGAACAGCUUUACAGAAAAGAAGAAAUUACAAAAGAGGAGGAAACAAAAAGGACGAUGGAAGAGUUUAACAGAGAGGAUAUCGCAGAAGAGGAGGAAACAAAUAAUAAGAUAGAAAAGCUCAACAGAGAGGAAAUCGCAGAAGAGGAGGAAACAAAAGAUACAAUAGAAGAGCUCAACAGAGAGGAAAUCACAAAAGAGGAGGAAACAAAAGAUAUGAUAGAAGAGCUUAACAGAGAGGAAAUCACCGAAGAGGAGGAAACAAAAAAUACGAUAGAAGAGCUUAACAGAGAGGAAAUCACAGAAGAGGGGGAAACAAAAAAUACGAUAGAAGAGCUCAACAGAGAGGAAAUCACCGAAGAGGAGGAAACAAAAAAUAUGAUAGAAGAGCUUAACAGAGAGGAAAUUACAAAAGAGGAGGCAACAAAAAAGAUGAAGAGGGGAAGACCAAAAAAAACAAACAUUGAAGAGACGCCUGUGAAACAGGUCUCGAGCUCAAAUUGCGAGCCAGAGGAACAAUCUGUACCAGAGACCCCCACUUCUCAGAAGAAGAAGACUCCUCUCACCCCAACACGGAGAACCACAAGAGGGAGGAGGGCUGUCACUUUCAUCUCUCCUCUCCAAGAGGAAGCAGAGGAGCUAGAGGAGGAUGUCAAAGUGGAGGAGUCAGAGAUGAGGGAGGUCCCUGCCACACCUCGUCGGACUCGUACACCAAGAAAAACUAACGUCCAAGCCAGCACACCUCGAAGAAGUUCCCGCAAAUCUCUGCAAGAGCCCCCUAAAGACAAGGAUGAAGACGAGGAGGCCGUGGAUACCACAACAACCUCCAAGGCCACUUCUCCAGCCAGACGACAGGUUUCCCAGAGGAAUACUUCAACAAGGACCCCCCAAAGGACCCGGACUGGCAGUAAGGAGCCGUCCAUAGCUACAGAAGUUGAAUUUAAAGAGGAAGACUUAGAGGAAGAGGUCACACAAAUAAAAAUUGGGAGAAGAACGAGCUCCAAGACUCUCACUUCUUCCAAACCUAGCACCACACAGAGCAACACCCCGAGAAAGACCAGUCGCAAGAUGCUGAGCAGUAGUGAGUUGGAGUCCUCAACAUUAGAGAUGUUGGAAGAGGAGAAUGAACAGGAAGAAGUUUUUGCUCCCCCUGUCAAACGCAGCUCAAGAAAGAUGAAGACGGAAGAAGAGGAGGGGGAGAAACAGCCAUUUCCCAGCCCUGGCAGGACGACGCGGCAGUCCAGCCGGAUCUCCCUGAAUGUUUACCCACAAGUCAAAUUGGUUCCUGUAUCACUUCCUCAGAGUGCAAGAAGUACAAGACAAGGGACAACUACUGAAAACAUUAAAGAAAGCCAAGACUUACCUGAGUCCGAGCAUAACGGCAACGCAAGUCGCACAAACUCCCGUCGACCAGCCAGGAGCAAACUGUGGGACAACCCUGAGGAAGAUCUCCCUUUACUGGACUCUCCAUUGGAGGUGGACUCUGAAACCCCUGUGGCAGAUGCCCUCAUCAAGAGACUGCAGGAUGAGGAGAAGCAGGAAGGAGGAGUAGUUGUCUCAAAGAUGGUGAGAAACCGCAAGAGGAGUACAAAGUCGUCGACGGAGCAGGUUGACAUCCUGGUUCCUGAACCCGCUGAGGACGACUCCAGUCCAGGCGAUCACUCAAUCAUCUACUCCCCCUCACAAAGGAGAACAAGAGCCCAUAGAGGACAGUCUUCUGGACCAAGCGAAGAGACUCCAGCGCCUGCCACCCGCAGCAGGAGACGAGUCCAAGAUGUUGCUCCUCAGGAUGCAGCCGCCUCAGAAGAAGAUAACGUGGAAGUGGAGAAAGCAGCAAGUGUUUCUAAAACUAGAAAGACAGGCAAACAAACAACCAAAUCCAAAGGCGUUUUGGAGCCACCUCCCACAGCAGAGGUGGACCUGAUCUCGCCUCUGCCCAGCCCAGCUGAUCCACUCCCACGAACACAGAAGAGGGUUAAAGGAGGAGAGGUCGCGACCUCAAGCAUGAACCUGCGACGCAAACGCAUAAUGGAAACCGUUUUCACAAAACCCGUCACCCGCAGAAAGAAGCUGUAAGGAGGCUGGUGGUGUCUUUUAACCAGUGAACCUCAGACAGCUGCCACAAGAUUUAAACCAAGUCGGUGUGGGGGGAAAAACAAACUAUGUCCUCAAAUGCUUCAAAGCUGCAGUCGUCUUUGUAUGUUGACUUUUCCGUGUAGGACAAUAAAAUAAAAGCAACGAGAGGACUAUAUUUUUGGAGUUUACUUGUCCUGCUCGUACUAACUUGAUUUCACUUGAUAUUGUGUCUGUGGCCAUUUUGUGACGCUCUUUGUAAUCGACUUAAUUCUCUGAGCACAGAAUGGAACGAGGGAACGUAAUCACUGAGGGGUUUUAGCUGCGUCCGCUCAUAAAACCCAGAGACUGAAGAGAACUUGCCUCUGAUGAGAGGUUUUAUUUACAUUCUCUUUAAUUUUAAGUUUUUUUUCUUUGUUGUUUACUUUUAAGACUUUGAUGCCUGCUGUUUUUUCUAUUUAAGAAGAAAAGCAACCAACCCAGUGGAGAUGAAACAUUUCUACUGCUAGAUUUGUAUAUAGUCUUUUUGCUAUGUUCCAAAUAAAGAUAAUAAAUAAAAAUCCUAAAGAAUUAUGUUCAUUUUGCAUUUGAUCAUCUAAGCAGGCUGCCUAUGCCACAGUCUUAAUAUAAACUCAGUUGAUUUGGGAGGGUUUCUGUGAACAAGGCACAGACUUGGACACUUGCCAACAGAAGUGGACUGUUUGUACGUUAUAGGGAUGUUGUAUAUUGUGAGAGAGGGAGGGGGAGACUUGCACAUCAUUUGGAGUUCAACUUGUUUUGGGAUUUGUUAAUAGGCUUGUUAGAUUCAAUUUACACCAUCUGUCACAUAGGCUAUUUUCUGAUGAAUGUAUGUAGAAUGUCUUAUUUUUGAUGACUGCUCUUUGAUAAACAUGGCAAUGCUUGAAAACCUC